CGUGAUCGAUGUCAAUCGUCGUCGUCGGACCAUGAUUGAUACUUGACAGUUGCAAAUAAUUCAUUAUGAAUUAUGAUAUUGGGAGUAAGUGAAACUGAAGCGGCCUGUUGAUCGUGGAAUUUUUAAAUAACGAAUCUGUUGCUGCGCGAAUACCUGCAACUAAUGGUCGUUAAUCGUUAUACGCAAAUCAUUCGCCCGCCAAAUCAACUGGGAUGAUGUAUUACCAAGUUUUGAUCUAUGUAUCGUACACUAUUCUGGUCAAUAUUUUUGUGUCGUAUGUGCUUGCCGACUACUUUUUGAACGUAAUUUUAGACAAGUAUGCGGGAUAUGAGCACGCCCAAACCCAAUAUUUCGAUCACAUUGUCGUGGGCGGAGGAACAGCAGGUAUUGUUGUAGCUUCACGUUUAGCAGAAAAUGAAGCACAUACUGUUUUAUUAAUAGAAGCUGGUCCUAAAGUGUCAUCAUUACAUGAUAUACCUCUUGCCACACCUAUGUUCCAAAAGUCACCAAUCGAUUGGCAACACCAAACAGAGUCCCAGUUAGACGCAUGUCUCGCAAUGAAAAAUAAUUCUAGCCAAUGGCCCUCAGGAAAAGUCUUAGGGGGCAGCAGUCGCAUAAAUUUUAAUAUCCAUGUAAGAGGGCAUAUUUCUACUGAUUAUUUAACGUGGCAAUUUGAACAAGAUUGGACCAAAGAGGACGUUAUUUACUACUUCAACAAAUAUGAAAAAGCUGAUAUAUAUAAUAGAUCACCCAAUAAAAAACAAUUCUUCAGUCAUCAACCAACACAUGUGACACCAAUUGCAACAGCUGUACUUGAGGCGGCCAAUGAGUUGGACUUUAAUACUUCAUUAGAUAUGAACAAUGAUGGAUUUCAUAUUCCUAGACGAGAUGGUGGUAGUUUCUCAUUGACACCAGUGUCAAUAAGAACAGGGGCUAGAUUAAGCACUGAACACCUAUAUUUAAAAUCAAGAAAAAAAAAAAACUUAGUAGUGCUCACAAAUGCUUUGGUUACAAAGGUGCUGUUUAAACAUAAUUACGAAGCAAAUGGUGUUAUGUACAACAGGUUUAACCAAGUUUUUAAAGUAUAUGCACUUAAGUCUGUUGUCAUGUCUGCAGGAACAUUGAAUACUGCAAAAAUACUUUUAUUAAGUGGUAUUGGACCAGCACAACAACUUAAACCAUUAAAAAUUCCUGUGAUUGCGGAUUUGGCAGUGGGAGAAAACUUACAAGACCACAUUAUUACUGGAUUAGACAUGAUAACUUUAGAAAAAUCAUUGGACUUAACUUUUAAAGAUUUUAUAUCACCAAUAAACAUUUAUAAAUACUUUUUCAAAGGAACUGGCAUAUGGACGCAUCCAGGAUGUGAAGCUAUUGGUUUAUUACAACUACCAUCAGAUAAAAAAAACUAUUCUAUAUCAUCCCCGGAUUUGCAAUUUAUGCUUUUACCUUAUGGAAUAUCAUCAGAUGCAGGAGCAGCAUACUUCAAUCACUUGAAUUUAAAAAAUGAGAUUUGGAAUGAAUAUUUUCAACCUCUUGUGGGAAGACAGGUUAUUUCAUUAGCACCAGUGCUAUUGCAUCCUCAAAGCAGUGGAUAUGUUAAGUUAGGCAUAAAUCGUGAAAUUGUUGUUCAACCAAAUUAUUUACAAAAGUCACAUGAUGUCAAUGUGUUGAUUCAAGGAAUGAAAUUGGUGAACAAAUUUGUAAAAACCAAAACAUUAUCAAAACUUGGCGCUAUGUUUAACACUAAACAUUUUCCUGGAUGUGAAAAAUAUAAUUUUGGAUCAGACUAUUAUUGGGAAUGUUACAUUAGACAUAUGACAUUAACAUCUUAUCAUCCUGUUGGGACAUGUAAAAUGGGAAGUAUCCAUAAUAAAAGUGUUGUGGAUCAUUCAUUAAGAGUGCAUAAAUUAAAUAAAUUAUAUGUGAUUGAUGCAUCAAUAAUGCCUUCCAUGCCAAGUGGGAAUAUAAACGCUGUUGUGGCAAUGAUAGCAGAGAAAGGAGCUGAUCUCAUAAAAAAACAUUGUUUUCAAAGAACCCAAAAAUGUAAAAUCACAGAUUUCUUAUAUUAUUAUAACUAUAAGUAUUAAAAUAUUAUUUUUACUUAAUUGUUAUUGCUAUAACUACUCAUCAUUUGAUACGUAUCCGUCAUAGUUGUAUCUAUUAAUUAAAAAAAUAAAUUUUAUUUUUACCUUUUUGAAA